AUGGCCGGCCCGAGUGCGGCGGACGUCCGCUCUGUGUUCUCUCUUCCCUCGACGCCAGGUCCUUCCCAGCCCAAAGCUCCACCUGCGACCGAGCGUGCUCGCAAGCCGGAGGGCAUGUCCAGGGAGCUGUACUCACUUAUUGGGCAAUCUGCCCCAACCCUUGUCGCACAACUUGCUAAGCCUAGACUAAAGCAGAAGCCGAAUCUCGGCGGAGGUGGAAGAGCCAAGUGGGAAUGGCGUUCGUUCCAGAACCAAGUUCGCUCUGACGGACUACGGUUAUCACAUUGGGUAAAGGCAGGGACUCCUCACGACGCCGAAUAUCCCUUCGCCCAAUACAAUGUGCAGAAUACAACGUACACGUACACACAAGACGAAUACACCAAAUUCCUUGUCGACAAGGACUGGACUAGAGAAGAGACAGACUAUUUGUUCGACCUUGUAAGACAGUAUGAUCAACGAUUCUAUAUUGUCGCAGAUCGAUAUGAAUAUCCUGAAGGACCACAGCGAAGUAUGGAGGAUCUGAAAGAUAGAUAUUUUAGCGUGUGUCGCAAGCUGGUGCGCAAUCGGCCCUGGUCAGGCGACGAGGGUGCAAAAGCACAGAUCCUCUCGAGCUAUGCUUUCGACAAAGAACGAGAGGUGAUGCGUAAGAAGUACCUCGAGUCUCUUGAAAGUCGGACGCCAAACGAGAUAGCCGAGGAGGAAGCUCUGUUCACAGAGCUGAAGCGCCUGGAACAGAAUGAACGACGCUUCAAGAAGGAGAGAGACGAGCUUUUGCGCACUCUGCUUGGUAUCGAGUCUGGACUACCUGACGUUCAGGCCGAAGAAGAAGGUAUUACAGGUACUUCGCAAGCCGAAAGCAUCUCAGCUGUGUCAACCAAGAAGACGAAGAAAAAGGUUGCUGCAGAGCCUGAGACGCCCACAUCCGCGAGUGCAAGUGCAAGUUAUACUACAGUUUCGCUUGCACCUCCAAUUCCAAAAAAGCAAAGUGCGAAGAGUGCUGCCUAUGAUGCUCUUCACUGCAUCCAUCGCACGGAAGUACCACAGCUGACCACAGCUACUGCGACGAAAGCGGCGCAUCAACCCGUGUAUCUCCGCUCUUACAAGCUUCCUGCUCCCAAGUCUGCGAAUGCGCACAAAAUUGCCCAGGUUCUUGGAGAGUUAAGUGUGUCGAGUUCGCGCCUGGUCAUGCCGACCAAAGACAAUUGCCAGAAGCUGGAAGCCUUGCUCGAGGCUGCUACUGCGCUUGUUGAAACGAAGAAGCAGGUAGACAAGAUCGACCAGGAAAUCCGGCUUGCACAGGAGCGACUAGGCCAGGGCAGUGCAGAUGGUGACGCGGAUGCAGAUGCAGAGGAAGACACCAUGGAUGUAGAUGAGCCUAUAGAGGAAGACGGCCGUGCGCAGAGUGUGGCUAGCGCGAAGAGCGGGAGGAGUAGCAGGGCCAGGAGACAGUCUAGUUGA